GUUUUUCACGCAACGUCCAUGGACCGAUUCGGACACAUGCGAGGAUCGCCCGUUCUCCAGAUUAUUACUCUCCUCGUGGCAAGGUAUACGGAGAAAGGUGUUUGUUUAUACGAGAAGAAGAUGGCACGACGGUUACGUUGCGGUGUUAUUAACAAGUGAUUUACGCACGGCACCGAGGGAAAUGCUCUUUGUCGUCCUUGCACGUUGUUACGCGAUGUCGUUCGUGCAGUGUCGUCGUUUUCGUCAAUAUUAUGCCGUCCCCGAGACAUUUUGGACCGGACUUUCUCUUCCCUUUCCGUCGAAAUGUGCAAUUACAGAACGAGAAUGAUAAUCUGGAAUGUGUUCCUUAUUUCGCUUCAACUGAUCAUUCAUGAAAGCCGAUCAGAAAUAAUAAUAACGGCAUACGACGACUUCGGUUUGUCGCCGAUCGAUCCGGAGAUCGCUGACGUCAUCGAUUGGAAACGACAUGCGUGUCGGCGAACAUGCAAGGAUGGCGCGGCACCUCUGGACUGUUAUUACACUUUCAAGCUGGAGUUUUAUUACGCGAUGAGCAAAGCUUGUUACAACUGCCCCUUCAAUAUCACGGAUUGCUUUCGACCUCAUUGCAUCCCGGCGGAUGGCAUAAAGCGAUCUCUCUUGGUCGUGAACCGGCAAAUGCCGGGUCCAGCGAUCGAGGUAUGUCAAGGUGACAGGAUAAUAGUGGAUAUGAUCAACUUGUUACACUCGGAGAGCACUACGAUGCAUUGGCACGGCCAGCAUCAUCUCGCCACGCCGUAUAUGGACGGUGUACCCUAUGUAUCCCAAUGUCCCAUUCCUCCUGGAGCGACUUUCCGAUACAACUACAUUGCCAGUGAAGCUGGGACGCAUUUCUGGCACUCUCAUAUAGGAUUCCAGAGAGGCGACGGUGUAUUCGGAUCGUUAAUCGUUCGUGUACCUCCUAAAGUCAACUGGCACAAGGAUCUGUAUGACUAUGAUGAGCAUAUUCUAGUAGUCGCCGAUUGGGUUCACGAAUUGGGUCUCACUAAAUUUUUAGCGCAUCAUCACUCGGAUGGUCAUAACAAAGCGCCCAACUUACUUAUAAACGGCCUGGGCCGUUUCAUCGCUAUCGAAGGUGAAAACAAGACAUUAGCUGAAAUGCCUAUUUCGACAUUCGUCGUAAAAUCGAAUUUCCGAUACAGAUUCAGACUUAUUAACGCGGAGUUCCUGAAUUGUCCCAUUGAAAUUUCCGUCGACAAUCAUACUUUAUAUGUGAUCAGUUCAGACGGACGUGAUGUUGGACCGAUACAAGCCGAAUCGCUAGUGAGUUACGCCGGCGAAAGGUUCGACUUCAUAAUCGAAAUGGACCAACCGGUGGACAACUAUUGGAUGAGAUUUCGAGGACUGAUGGAUUGCGACGAGAGAUUUCUGAGCGCCUAUCAAGUCGCCUUACUUAGAUAUGAAGGAGCGCCUGAGGAAGAGCCGGCGGUGGAAGUUACAUAUAAUCGCGUGCAAAAUGAUUCUUAUGGAUUGCAAGUGAAUGCUCUGAAUAAAGGAAUCGAAUCAAAUAAUAGUAUCAGUAUCCCAAUGUUGAUUGCGAUGGACGACGAUGACGUGUCGAAUACCAAAGAACCGGAUUAUCAGUUCUACAUAUCGUAUGAUUUUUAUGGGAAAGAUAACCCGCACUUUAAUCGCAAGAAUCUAUAUGGUUUUCAUCAAGUAAAGGAUAUAAGACAGAAAUUAUUCACACCGCAACUAAAUCACAUAUCAAUGAAGCUACCAUCAUUUCCACUCAUGCCCGAAAGAAAUCUUAUAAAGCCGAAUCAGUUUUGUAACUCCAGCACGGUCGAGGGAUGCGAGAGUGAUUACUGCGCUUGUACUCAUGUACUCCAGGUGAAAAUUAACAGUGUAGUGGAACUGAUUCUGAUUGACGAAGGUGUUCCGUAUGACGCGAAUCAUCCGUUUCACCUUCACGGUUACCAGUUCCGCGUUGUGGCGAUGGAGAAGAUAGGAAGUAACAUUACGGCCGCUAAAGUAAAGGAAUUAGAUAAGCAAGGUUUAAUAAAUAGGAGACUCACGCGAGCACCUUUGAAGGACACGGUGACCGUGCCUGAUGGUGGUUACACCAUUGUGCGAUUUCACGCUGAUAAUCCAGGAUACUGGCUGGUUCAUUGUCACAUUGAAUUUCACGCGGAAAUAGGAAUGGCCUUGAUCUUCAAGGUAGGUGAAAACGAAGAGAUGCCGCCAGUACCUCGUAAUUUUCCUAAAUGCGGGGAUUGGAAAUUGACAGAUGAUCAGAACGAAGGUAACUCGGAGAUCACUACAAAUUCAACGACAAUCGAUAAAGAGGAAUCAGAAGAACACAAUCAUCUCAUAGAUAGACUAGACCAUCUUCUGAAAUAUCUUGAACAACUUUUGAAAUUACAAAUGAAAUCUUCGGCGUCCAAUUCGAGUAUAACAUUAAUCCUUUUUGUCGCUUGCAUUCUGAGUUCUGUGAUUCGCGCGCGCUCUUUAUGAUACACAUGUAAUAGUAAUAAUAGAUUACAAAUAUAAUUAAUAUAAGGAGUAUUUGCACGCAAACAAAACAAUUUAAAUAGACUAAUAAGACAAUAAAAUGCGCCAGAAUGAAGAGUAAUAAGUAAUGGACGUUUUUUUUGACGUAACUAAGUAU